AUUUUAAGGAGGCUGUACAAAGCAAUCAGGAAAUUGAAAAAUACAGUAGGUUGCUGCAACACUAUGGUUGAUUCAAAUUAUAUGGAUAAUGCGUCAUAACCAACAGGAUAUAGUAACAAAAAUAAUUGUUCUUCUUUUAAAUCUUAAAUAAUUAGUUAAGGCACACAGUCUGUUCAAGAUGAUACAUUUUAAGGGUUUACCUUUAGUCAUUGCAGCCUUUAUCAUAGGAAUUGUAGGCUUUAUUGGAAAUCUGUGUGUAAUAAUCUUAGGACUAAAGGACAAAAACUUAAAGACAAUAUCAAACCGUGGAAUCAUAGCAUUGGCAUUUGUAGACAUAGUUGCAUCAUUUCCAGUGUGCUUUCCUUUAAGUGUAUUAAAUUUUGGAUCUUGGAGUCCUUAUUUCUGUGAUGGCAUUGUCUAUGCGUUCACCAUACAUCAAGUGCUUGCAUCUGUAUUCAUCUUAGUCAUAGUGACGAUUGAGCGCUUUAUUGCCAUAACUCGUCCACUUCGUUAUGGAGAACUCAUCACUUUAAAGAAACUUAAUAUAUGUUUGUUUAUUGCUAAUUUUUAUGCCUAUACUAUUGGUAUGGUGCCAAGGUUUGCGUGGAAUGUGAAGCACAUCGAUGCAUAUCAGAAUGUAACUGAUUGUAACAUGUUUCGUGAUUUACGCGGAAGUUACUUUGGAUUCAUAUUGAUUGGUCACAUUUGGCCAGGGAUGAUUAUUUUGGCUGUUGUGUAUGCGAAAAUAUGGAAGAUUGUGAAAAGUCAGAUUGCCUCAAUAUACACCAACAAUACAGUAGUCCCGCAGCAAAUCAUGAACCCCCAAGAAGGAAAUUCAGGAACUCCAAGAGGAAAAACUAUUGAGUUGUCACCUAAACAACUAGCGGAAGCAAAAGCUGUAAAAACACUCAUUAUUGUAGUUGGGUUAUUUUUCAUCACCUGGCUACCACUGUCUGUUGCAGUUGUGGUUCAUUUCAAAGGUUUCACUGUGGAUUUCUAUCCAACUCCACCUAACACUGAAGCUCUCAAUGAAACUGUAUUCAUCCUUAUAGCUCUAGCUAACUCUGCCAUAAACCCUUAUGUGUAUGCUCUGACAAACAAACAGUACAAACUGGCAAUGAAAAAGACAAGAUUAUACCAAGUGGUAUGUGGUAAAUGGACCACUGCUGUGAGAGACAAUGACACUGUAGUGUCAACAUUGACUUGAACAAAGAUGAUUGUGUAAAUGUGAUAAAAGCCUUAUAGCACAAGACAAAUUUAUCCCCAGCGAUAUAUGGUAAAUGGACCAAUGCCGUGAGUGACAAUAAUGACAGGGUUGUAUGAAGAUUGACCUAAACAAAGAUUAUUAUAAGUUUGGUAAAAUCGGAGGCCCUCAGUGAGACUGUAUUCGUCUUUAUAGCUAUAUACAAAUGUAUACCAAGUUAUAUAACGGAAAUGGACCAGUUGCUGGAGUGAUCAUGGUACUGUUGAGACGAUUAUGACCUGAACAGAGAUGAUUAUAAGUCUGAUAAAAGCUAAGACCCUCGAUGUAUAUCCAUCUUCAUAGCAUUCGACAAACUUAUACCAAGUGAUAUAUCGUAAAUGGACCAAUUCCUGGAGAGGCAGUGGUACUCCUGUAACACGUAUCUCCUAAACUUAAAGUGUUAUUUAAUCAAAGAUGAUUGCAAGUACAUUAUGAUAAGGACUGAAGCUAUUCUUUGCAAAAGUAAAGAACAUUUUUUUUUUAAUAUAUGACUGAUUUGAACUUUGGGAAAUCUCCUCCUCUGAGUUGAGACAUUGUUAGGUCAUGAAUAUAAACGGAAGUGUGGCUGGAGGUAUUAAGUGUCUUAGUUUUCAUUCAAACAUCUGUAAUAUUGUGAGUGCUGUUACUGAUUAGUGU